AUGGAUUUCAAGUACGAUCAAUGGAAAGACAUGUAUUCUUUAGGAAUUAUGACCCUUACGCGGACCCCGUGUGAGCUCGACAAGAUGAGCCUUUUUCAGGAUUUGAAACUAAAAAGAAGAAAAGUGGAUUCUCGUUGCAGCAGUGACGGCGAAUCGAUCGCCGACACGAGCACCUCCUCCUCGCACGACCUCCUAUGCCCGCCCGCCUCGCCCAAAACGGACGGCCCUGCCUCCCACCACCAGGAGGGCCCCGCCCACCGGCACCAGGAAGGCCACGCCUACCACCGGCACCAGGAAAGCCCCGCCCACCAUCGGCCGCCGCCCAGCCCCGACUCGAUGACGCCCCACCCACUCGGCCACGCCCACCACGACCGCGGGCCGCCUGCGGUGGAGAGAAGCGACGCGCGAUUGGACGAGCCGGGCGUGUUCGACGGGGGCGGCGGUGGAGGCGGGGACGGGGGCGGGACGGCUAGCGUCAUCAGGCACCUCCCGGUCAUCCGAUCUCUCAGCCCGCCCACCCGCCCAGCGCCGCAGUUCAGCCCCUCGCAGCCGCCUCGCCCACACAGCUCCCCCGGUCGCCACGCCCCCGCCAGUCCCCGCGCCAGCCCCGUCAUCCGCCACACGCCCCUCCUCCUCCAACCCCCUGCCAGCCCACGAGCGGCGCUCGCCUGCCAGGAACCCACCUCCUCCUCCAUGUCUCUCCUGACCGCGCCCACGCCCAGGGGCGUGAUCAUCGCCCAACCCACCGCCCCCUUCAACCAGCACUGGCUGAAGCAUUCGAGGAUCAACGGCGUCAAGCCCGAGAUCAUCGGCGGCACGUUCGUCAACCCGCCCGCCCCGCCCAGUCCCAGGAACAACCCAGCGGCGCGGCAAACGCCCACCGUCAUCAUGGGCGAGGCGGGCGGCGUGCGGACGAUGAUCUGGUCGCAGCCGUCGCUGACUCCGCCCCUCGGCGAGCCCACCACCUCGGGUUGGCCGGUCGCGACCAAUACGGACGAGACGGCGGCGCAGCUGCUGCUCAACCUCGGCCAGGACCGACUGCGGCCGGCGAGUCGCUGCCUGGGACCGCCCACUUCCCCCACCUCGCAGUUCUCGAGCGCGCCGCUCAACAUGGAGCGACUGUGGGCCGGCGAUCUGUGCCAGUUGCCGGCCGGGCAGCAGACGCAGGCGCUCAACCUGACUGCCCCCAUUCUCGCCCCGCCCGGGCUGUAUAGGGUGGGGCUGGAGGCCGGGCAGGCGGAGCAGAUCGAGGAGGAGGAGCAGCCGAUGAUCUGCAUGAUUUGCGAGGACAAGGCCACGGGGCUGCACUACGGGAUUAUCACGUGCGAGGGGUGCAAGGGGUUCUUCAAGAGGACUGUGCAGAAUCGGAGGGUGUAUACGUGCGUGGCGGACGGGAACUGUGAGAUUACGAAAGCGCAGCGGAACAGGUGUCAGUACUGUCGGUUUAAGAAGUGUAUAGAACAGGGGAUGGUGUUGCAAGCCGUUCGGGAAGACCGGAUGCCGGGAGGCCGUAACAGCGGCGCCGUCUACAACCUCUACAAAGUGAAAUACAAGAAGCACAAGAAGCCCACCACCAAGCAGCAGCAGCAGCACCAGCAAAAGAGCCCGAUGUCGCCGCAGCAGCAGUACAAGCAGGACCAGCAGUUCAAGCAGGAGCAGGCGCCGAUGGGCGCCAUCUGCGCCGAUCUAGUCAACGGCACGAUCCUGAAAACGGCGCUGACCAAUCCCAGCGAGGUGGUGCGCUUUCGGCAGCGCGUCGACAGUGCCGUGAGUAGUUCGCGGGACAGGAAUUUCUCCGUGGAGUACUCGCUGUCGAUGAUCAAGACGCUGAUCGACUGUGAUGAGUUCCAGGACAUCGCCACCUUGCGGAAUUUGGACGAACUGCUCGACCACAACACCGACCUGGGCGAGAAGCUGUGCAACAUCGGCGACUCGAUCGUGUACAAGCUGGUGCAGUGGACGAAAAGGUUGCCCUUCUAUUUGGAGCUGCCCGUCGAGGUGCACACGAGGUUGCUGACGCACAAGUGGCACGAGCUGCUCGUGCUGACCACCUCGGCCUACCAGGCCAUACACAAGGUGCAGGGGGAGCAGCAGAUAGCUGCUACUGUGCUCGAGACCGAUUUCAGCCAAGAGGUGGAAUCGAACCUGGGUACACUGCAGAACUGCCUGAUAUCGAUGAUGGGUAGAGAGAUAACCAUCGAGCAACUCAGACAAGACGUGGGCCUGAUGAUAGAAAGGAUCACCCACGUGACGCUGAUGUUCAGACAGAUCAAGCUGACCAUGGAAGAAUACGUGUGCCUUAAAGUUAUCACUAUGCUGAAUCAAGCAAAAUCUGCCAGUAGUUCGGGACCCAGUGAAUUGGAGAUAAUCCACGAGAGAUAUAUGACUUGCCUACGUGUUUAUACGCAACACAUGUACCCACAACAAGCUACUAGGUUUCAAGACUUACUAGUUAGGUUACCAGAAAUUCAAUCUGCAGCGUCGCUCCUGUUGGAGAGCAAAAUGUUCUACGUUCCUUUCCUGCUGAACUCGGCCAUUCAAAGGUAG